AUGAUUUAUGAUAAUUUAGGCUUGAAAAGUCGAGAAUGCCAACGUCGAUCUUACGACAAGAUAGAAAAUAUUGUUUGCGUGUGCAAUGCAACAUUUUGUGAUGACUUACCUCAGUUAACUAAGUUAAAACCAUUGCAAGCGGUUGUCUAUAUAACAAGCGAAAGUGGAAAACGCUUCGAAAAAACUUUCUUCUCAUUCAAACCACUAAAAAAUGGAAGUGAAAUUAUUCGCUUGAAGAUUAAUGAUCAAAUAAAGUAUCAGACUAUUCUUGGAUUUGGUGGAGCAUUUACUGAUUCCGCAGGUAUCAACAUUAAUUCGCUGAAGCAAUCAACCCAAAUUAAUCUCUUGCAAUCAUAUUUUGGAGAAAAAGGUAUACAGUAUACAAUUGGUCGAGUACCGAUGGCAAGCUGUGAUUUUUCUACUCGUGUAUAUUCAUAUGACGAUAUUCCAAAUGAUUUUACUUUAAGUAAUUUCUCUCUUGCUGAGGAAGAUAUGAAAUUUAAAAUUCCAUAUAUAAAACGAGCUAUAAGUUUGACAAAUAGUACUUUGAAAUUGUUUGCUACUCCUUGGUCAGCACCUGGAUGGAUGAAAUCCAGUGGUAAAAUGGUUGGUGGCGGAACGUUACGAGGAUCACCAGAUGGACCUUAUCAUACUACUUGGGCUAAUUAUUACGUGAAAUUCCUUGAGGCGUAUCAAAAUCAUAAUAUAACAUUUUGGGGAUUAACUGUGCAGAAUGAGCCAGUUACUGGAGUUGACUUAUCUUACAAAUGGCAAACAAUGUAUUUCAGUCCAAAAACGGAACGAGAUUUUGUGAGAAAUCAUCUUGGGCCAGCAUUGAAAAGUAGUGAAGUUGGUCGAAACAUCUCCUUGAUGAUUAUGGAUGACCAACGAACACAACUACCUGUUUGGGCUGAUGUGGUUUUUAAAGAUGCAAAAGCUGCUGAGUAUGUGUCAGGAAUAGCAGUACAUUGGUAUGCAGAUUUUGUAUCAGUAAAACGACUUUCUGAAACACACAAUCGUCAUCCAAACAAGUUUAUCCUUGCUACAGAAGCAUGUACUGGAUCAAAACCUUUUGAGCACUCGCCUAUUUUAGGAGACUGGUCACGUGGUGAUCAAUAUGCUCAUGAUAUUAUUCAGGAUCUCUUGAAUUGGGUUGUUGGCUGGACAGAUUGGAAUCUUUGUUUGGAUGUAGAAGGUGGGCCCAAUUUCGCGAAGAAUUAUGUCGAUGCACCUAUAAUAGUAAAUGCUACAGCUGAUGAAUUUUACAAGCAACCUAUGUUUUACGUGAUGGGGCAUUUUAGUAAAUUCGUUCGACCUGGUUCGGUUCGCAUUGAACUAUAUUAUUUCGAGAAACCAGUGUUAUAUGAAGGAGUUGCCUUCAUCACCCCAUCAGAACAACGAGUUGUGGUGCUGUUAAAUCGUAGUAAAAAGCUGAUGAAAUUUACUGUGGAAGAUGGAAAUAAGGCCUUGUAUAUUCAAAUGCAACCAAGAAGUAUUAUAACAAUCAUCUGGAAUAAAUUAGUCUAA